CCGUCUCGGAGCCGCCAUCUUGGAGCCACGGCUGAGGAGGGGGCAAAGCGGGGGAAAAGAGAGGGAAAAGAGUCAGGAGCGAGGCGGGCGAGGACGAGGGCGAGGGCACGGCGGGGUCCCGGCCGGCCAAAGGAGGCUCGCAGAAGCAGCAGCCCGCCGCCCGACCGCAGCUGGAUUGUGACGAUUGAUCCAGAAGACUGCAUUAAUUUCAGGAAUUGAUUGGAGAGACACUGUCUCUGCCACUAACAGCCAUGUAACCUUCGAUAUGGAAGAAAGAAACUGCAUUGCCAUGUUGGUGCCAGAGAUUGGAGAACAGGAAGCUGUUUUAACUGCUGAAGGAGUCCUCAGUCCUGCCUCGGAAAUUGACGAACAAAGAAAAGCCAAACCAGAUCCAUUGGUCCAUGUCAUCCAGAAGUUAAGCAAGAUAGUAGGGCAUGAAAAGUCACAAAAAUGUCUUCUGAUUGGGAAAAAGCGCCCACGUGCAAGUGUGAUGCCACAUUCUCUUGAAACCCUAGAGCACUGUGAGAUUCCAGCUAAAGCAGCUGAGUCCCCUGCUGCUGAGAUUAGGAAAUCCGAGAUGUCACAAGCAAAUCCCACUCCAGACUAUCCUUCCUCAAAUGAUGGGAAGGCUAUGUCCUACCAGUGUAGCCUUUGUAAGUUCCUGUCAUCGUCCUUCUCAGUGUUGAAAGAGCACAUCAAGCAGCACGGGCAGCAGAACGAUGUAAUGCUAAUGUGCUCAGAGUGCCACAUCACCUCCAGAAGCCAGGAGGAGCUCGAAGCUCAUGUGAUAAAUGAACACGAAAACAGUACCAGUAGCCACGCCCAGCUCAGCUCCUCCGGCCAAGGAGCCACAGAAAGAAAGAAUGAGACCAUAGUGGACAUCCCAGUGAGCAUGGGCAGUCCUCAGAGCCAUGCUGUCCAAAGUGCAGCCGUGGCAGAGGUGGGCAGGAGGAAGUGGUAUGCAUAUGAGCAGUAUGGCAUGUACCGGUGCUUGUUCUGUAGCUACACCUGUGGCCAGCAGCGGAUGCUGAAGACACACGCUUGGAAACAUGCAGGAGAAGUUAACUGCUCCUACCCAAUCUUUGAGAAUGAAAAUGAGCCCCUGGGCCUUCUUGCUUCUUCAGUGUCUGCUGCACCUGGUGGGGUCGAUGCGGUCGUCAUUGCUAUUGGGGACAGCGAACUGAGCAUCCACAAUGGGCCAUCUGUACAAGUACAGAUUUGCAGCUCUGAGCCGCUGUCCUCUUCAUCUCCUUUAGAAGAGAGCACAGAGGAGGGAGUACACCUAAGCCAGUCAGUCACCCUGGACUCUAACGAGGAGGAAAUGCUGGAGGUGAUGUCUGACUCCGAGGAGAAUCUGUUUGCUGAUAGCUUGCUCUCAUCAGCACAGAAAAUCAUUAGCAGCAGCCCAAACAAAAAAGGACAUGUGAAUGUCAUUGUGGAACGUUUGCCAAGUGCAGAAGAGACCCUCCCGCCCAAACAUUUCCUCAUGAAUGCUGAGAUGGAAGAGGGGAAGAGCCUGAGCCCUGCCAAUGCCCAGACUGGGUGUGGAGAAGCAGGGGACAUCUACCAUGCUGACAAAUGUACUGUUGAUAUUGGGGGGUUGAUCAUUGGCUGGAGCAAUGCAGAGAAGAAAGACGGUGAGCUAAGUAAGGGCCUGGCUCCUGAUGAGAAUGCCCCACCAGGACGGAGAAGGACCAAUUCUGAGUCUCUCAGGCUGCACUCCUUAGCUGCAGAAGCCCUUGUCACCAUGCCGAUAAGAGCUGCUGAACUAACGAGAGCCAGCCUUGGGCACUAUGGGGACAUAAACCUUUUAGAUCCGGACACUGGACAAAGGCAGGUCAGUGGUCCAUUGGCAGCAUACUCAAAAAAAAUCAUGUCUCCUCUUAAGAACUCUUCAGAUGGAGUGGCAAAUUUUAACCAAAGCAGUUCCACUGUGGUAGCACUUCCAGAGGGAAGGCAGGAAUUGUCAGAUGGGCAAGUUAAGACAGGCAUCAGCAUGUCACUUCUUACUGUAAUAGAAAAACUGAGAGAAAGGACAGACCAGAAUGCAUCAGAUGACGACAUUUUGAAAGAGUUGCAGGACAAUGCCCAGUGUCAGCCCAACAGUGAUGGGAGUUUGUUAGGGUCCAAUGUGGUGGAAUACAUCCCGGAUGCUGAGCGGCCCUACCGCUGCCGCCUGUGCCACUACUCAAGUGGCAACAGGGGCUACAUCAAGCAGCACCUCCGUGUUCAUCGGCAGAGGCAGCCUUACCAGUGUCCUAUCUGUGAGCACAUAGCUGAGGACAGCAAAGACUUGGAAAGCCACAUGAUCAACCACUGUAAAACCAGAAUCCACCAGUGUAAGCAGUGCAAAGAGUCUUUCCAUUAUAAGAGCCAACUGAGAAAUCAUGAGAGAGAACAGCACUGUCUGCCCAACACCUUGUCAGUAGCUUCAAAUGAGCCAAGAAUUUCCCGUGAUGCUGCUGAUGGAAAGUGUAUUCAGGAAGGGAACAAGUCUUCAACCCAGAAGCAGUAUAGGUGCGAUGUGUGUGAUUACACAAGUACAACAUACGUUGGUGUCAGAAACCACAGACGAAUCCAUAACUCAGAUAAACCAUAUAGGUGCUCCUUGUGUGGGUACGUGUGCAGCCACCCCCCUUCCUUGAAGUCACACAUGUGGAAGCACGCGAGUGACCAGAACUACAACUAUGAGCAAGUUAACAAGGCCAUCAACGAUGCAAUCUCACAAAGCAGCAGAGUUCUGGGAAAAUCCCCUGGGAAAACAUUCUUAACCAGCAGUGAAGAGAAAGCUGACCCUACCACAGGCAGUCCAGAAGACUUGGUGUCGUCCUCAGAGCUGACUUCCCAGCUGUCCAGUGAGGUCCUAGAUGCCAGCGAGCUUGAAAAACUGAGCCCCACAGGCAGCAACUCUGACAUCUCAGGAAGGAGCUGCAGCUUGGCUGCACCAGGCACUGAGUACUGCGUGCUGCUCUUCUGCUGCUGCAUCUGUGGCUUCGAGUCGACCAGCAAGGAGAGCCUCCUGGAUCACAUGAAAGAACAUGAGGGGGAGAUUGUCAGCAUCAUCCUGAACAAGGACCACAGCACAGCCCUGAACACCAACUAGCUGGGAGCAUGUGGGAGGGACCCUCUGAACUGCAGGUCAACCUUAGUGCCAUCACUAGCGCACUAGACACGGGGAAGGAGGUGUUGUGGCUGGUGUUGCAGUACUUGAGUGGAAUAUAGAGCUGUGACCUGUGUGAGUCUCUGUCAAGCCUUCUUAGUGUCAAGUGUUUGUUAUUAAAAGCUUACCAUCGCUCACAGUGAGGUGCAAGCAAAUGAAUUGAGAAGGACCUGCAGAGCCACACUUGCCAGCUCUACAAUGGCCAGGCUCUGGUAGGGAAAGUGGCACAUGGGAGAGAGUGGUUCCCACUGUCUCCAGUGGGCAGCAGGCUGUGGAAUAGGCUUUAUCAAUCGUUUCCCUGGUGAAUAAGAAUUUAUCACAGACUUGGUGUAGGGGAUGGUCCUUUACUCCCUAAGAAAGAUGGAAGAGGGAUCACAGAUCACAUUUGAGAAGUAAAUUAUUAUUUCAAAUUUACAGUGACUCCCCAUAAGACUCAACCAAAUCUCAGGUUCACAGAAAUGGGUGGCUUCGAAGAGGUUCUAUGCAAUGUGAACACAGUGAGCCUACUCCUCCACCAGCAGCAGCAGUUACCUGACCAAGAGAGUCUGUGUCACUGGGCCAUAGAAAUGCUUUUGGGGAGGCUGGGUGUGGUGGCACAGGCUCUAAUCCACACCUGGGGUUAAAAGAUCACUUGGAGAAUAAGAGCUGAAAGUCAUGUAGUUACAUGUAACAGAACAAUACAGUAUGACUGAAGGACAGUAAAACUGGAGACAGCUGGGUUCUGAGGUUGAGGCUAACCUGGUCAAAUAGCAAGUUCCUGGCUAGCCAAGGCAUCAAAGUAAGAUCCUUCCUCAAAAAACUAAACAAAAUAAUAAUUGCAAAAAGGACCAGAAAGA